GGGCAGCGGCACGGCAAGAAAGGCUGCUAUUACCCAUUGACGCGGUGCAAGAAACACGGGGUCCCGUGGCGCCACAUCAAAUCCACGUGCACGGACGUUGUGCAACGCCCCGUGCUGGGCAAGUGCUACCGCCUUGAAAUACAUGAAAUAGAGCGCUGGGAGCAACAAGUGAGCAGAAAGGUCCAGGAGGAGUCCGCGAAGGGCGUCGACGCGAGCGGCGGCGACGUUGCACCGGACGGCGACCGCGAGAGCAGCGAGGGGGGCGAUGAUGUCGACAACGCCGACUUCGAGGAAUGCGAGGGGGAGUGCGAAGGCGGCGAGGAGGAGGAGGGCGGCGAACGCGACGAGGUGAUCAGUGAUUCACCUGCGUCGCUCAGCGGUAGUGAUGAUGAUCACGAUCGCCCAGCAGAGGACGGCUCGAGUCACGAGCCACCGACGCCACCCAUCAAGGCAAAGCAUCGCCGCAAGGACGGCGCCAAGAAGGUCUCACUCAAGGACGAGCUGCGCAGCGAUGGCGACAUUGAACGCAGCAGUACCACGCGCAGAGAUAAGAAGCAUCGCAAGGACGGCGAUGCGAAGGUCAGCAAGCACGGCGGCAACAAAAAGCGAUCGAGCGAUGCGAUGAUCAGAGCUGCACUGGAUGUUUGCACUAAGCGCCCGGAAGACAAGGUCGCGCACACGGGCAAGGGCAGAAGCAGCAAGGACAAACGCAAGGACAAGGGCACAGGCAGCAAGGCCACGCGCCAUGAUAAGAGCAGCGCGGGCCGCGCCAAAGACACGCCCAUCCACAAGAGCAGCAAGGGCAAGGCCAAGGGCAAGGCCGCUGAGGAGAAGAGAGCCGCCAGCACUAAGGAGAAGAAUCACCGCGACGCCGACGCCCAUGAGAAGGGCAAUGUUCACAAGAAGCAAAAGAAGCCGCCCCCCACCAGCAGCGGCAGCGACAGCAACACCGACAGCGACCCCCCCGAGCUGCAGACCGCCCAAGAGAGGAAGACCCGCGAGAAGGCGAAGCUGAUGGUCCCGCACCAGAGGCUGGAAAAAGCCAUUGAAUCCGACGGGUUCGGCAAGCUCCCCGAUGCCAUCAAGAAGAACGCGACCGACAAGUUGCAGACGUUGCCGGCCAUCUUAAAGGCGAGCUCGAAGAUUGUCUCCAGGCGCUGGGACCCCUCCAAGUUCACUUGGACGGCGACCGAAGUGCACGACAUCGCCAACGCGGCGAAUGCACAGGGGGUGCUCGUGAGCACGAUGUGCAAGAGCAUCCAGACCAUGAAGUAA